AUGUCCGUAGGAUAUAGUUCACCUUUUGCUCAAAAUGCACAAACAAAUGUUAAGCCAUCAACUGGUGGACCAGAAACAAUGGCUAUUAGAUUAACCGUUGUUAGUGGUAAACAAUUGAAGGCUAUGGACAUUCGUUCUUCUGAUCCUUAUGUCAUUGUUUCAGUCGGUAUUGAACAAAGAAAAACAAAGACUGUUAUGAAAAACUUAAAUCCAACUUGGGGAGACUCUUUUGAAUUCUAUAAUGUUACACCUGGA